UUCGACAUGUUGGCACCCCAGCUGUGCUCUCCCUCACACAUACGCAGGUUACUGGUUGACCUGUCGUCCUUUGGCAUCCCCAACGAGAAUAAGAGUUUGUCCCUUCUCUAGCUCUCAGCCUUCUUUGACAAUGUUAUUCAACGAAUUGUCCACUUCCACUCAAAUUCUCGUCGGGCUCGUCUUUCUACGCGGUGUCGCACUGACCGGUGCCGCCCCAUUGAGAUGGCCCGCAGAUAAGGGUAUCAUUUCUCGCGAUCGUCUUUACAGAGAAACCAAGCGCCAGGAUGCGUCUGGGGACUCCGAAAUUAUGAGCGAGUUGCCUUCGGAUGACACUCUCACUACGAUCAUAAGCGACCUUGCGGGUCUCGCUACUCCUACUGACUCCUCGAUUGGUAACCUCGGUGAUCUCGUCAUUCCCACUUCAAUAAGUGGCUCUUCCACUGACUCGGGUAUCGUCAUCAAUAUCCCUUCCUCCUCGAACGCUAAAAUCACCAUUGAGACAAACGGUGGUGGAUGCGGAUGUGGUGACGAUGGGGACGAGGAAUAUUACGACGACGAGGAUGACGAGGACGAGGAUUACGAUGACGGCGAAGACGAAGGUGAAGAUGAUGAAAUCACUCAGGACUCGGGCUAUGGUUCUUCAGAUGACCUUGCCGCCGCCCUUGGUUCUGCUCUCGCAACUGACAGUGGGGACUCGUCCAACGCUCUUACAGGUUCAGCCAUUUGGUCAAGGAAGGCGUUGAAGAAUGCUGUUCGCUCAAGUGGGGCAUCAUCAAGUAGCUCGGCUAGCUCCGACGGUGCUUCUGCUAGCUCUAAUGCAACGGCUUCUGACAGUUCCGCAGGUGCAUCUGCUACUGGAUCUGCCGACGGCGCAUCUUCUACAAGCGCCUCUACUACCGGCGCUGAUUCGUCCUCAUCAACUGACACCUCGUCUGCUUCCAGUGCUAGCUCUUCCGCUGUUUCCGGCUCAGCGGCUGACUCAGGAUCCUCUUCGACCACUGGUGCAGCGACCGAUUCCGGGUCCGCGACAUCUACCGCUGGAAAUGCAACUGACUCCGGGUCUGCAUCGACCUCGACAUCCGGCUCGUCUUCAACUGACUCGGGAUCCUCUUCGACUACCGGUUCCGCAACUGAUUCCGGUUCCGCUGCGACUACUUCUGGAUCUGCCUCGACUUCCGGAUCUGCCUCGACGUCUGGCACAUCAACUGUAGAAACAUGUAAUACCGCAUGGCAGAAAUGCAACACUGAUUGGCAGGGUGCGGGCUCAAACACUGGCAGCUACACUUGUCAAAAAGAUUAUCAGUCAUGUAUACAAGGAUCAAGUGCAGGGUCCAGCAGUUCUUCUGGAACUACCAGUACAUCCAGUGGUUCAUCUUCCUCGGGCAGCGCUGAUACCUCUAGCACUUCGUCCACUUCAGGAAGUGCCGAUUCAGGAAGUGCUGCCUCAUCCAGCGGAGUAGGGUCCACAGACUCCUCCAGCUCUACUGCCACUGCUGCUGCGUCAGCCUCGGCCACUGCGGACGCUGACUCUUCCACUUCACAAGACGGUGACUCGAACACUGGCUCUUCAGCAGCUGCAUCUUCAACAGCAACGGAUGCUUCCUCGCCCACGAGCAGCUCGACUGGCACUUCCUCAGCAGAUACAGGUAGCUCAACUGGCACUUCCUCAGCAGAUACAGGUAGCUCAAGUGGUACUUCUUCAGCCGAUGCAGGGAGCUCGACUGGUACUUCCACAGCCGACUCUAGCUCCGCUUCUUCGUCAACAGCUGCUGAUUCUUCAUCUGCAUCCUCUACUGCAGCAGCCGAUUCUGGAAGUACAGGAACUGAGUCGUCAGCUGCCGCCAGUGCUACUGCUUCUUCAGAUUCUUCCUCCGCUACUGCUAGAGGAAUAGAUGGCUCUAACUCAACCAGUUCCGCCACGGACUGUGGCUGCUCAGAUUCUUCGAAUUCAACUGCUACUGCAUCAGGGACUGAUUCCGCAUCCUCGUCCGCCGCUUCGGGAGCCGACUCAUCUAGCACCGACUCUGGUUCAGCAGCGAGUGCCACCAGUACAGCGGAUGCAUCUUCCUCUUCCAGUACCACAAGCUCAUCUGGCACCGAUUCGUCUAGUGGUGCAAAUUCAACUGCCACCGCUUCCACCGAUUCACCCUCUACACCCACUGCUACAGGUGCUGCAGCAUCCGACUCUGGUUCAUCAGCGAGUGCGAGUGGAUCAACAGAUACCUCUUCGAGUAGCGCAGGGGCUACCACAAACUCAACUGGUACCGACUCUUCCAGUGGUGCAAAUCCAUCUGCAGCUGCUUCUACAGAUUCUGUCUCUACAUCUACCGCCACAGGUGCAGCAGCAUCCGACUCCAGUUCCGCAGCGGGUGCCACUACCUCAGCUACUGGUUCAACUGGCACCGAUUCUUCCAGUGGUGCAAGUUCGUCUGCUGCUGCCUCCACUGAUUCUGCCUCUACAUCUACUGCCACUGGUGCAGCAGCAUCCGACUCUGGUUCAUCAGCGAGUGCCAGUGGAUCAGCUGACGCCUCUUCUUCUACCACUUCUGCAACAGGAUCCACAGGAUCUUCCGGCACCGACUCAUCCAGUGGCGCCGCGAAUACCACCGACUCUUCAUCUGCGUCCACUGCAACAGGGGCAGCAGGCUCUGGUACAGAUUCGUCUAGCAGCUCGAAUAGCACAGGAACUGCGACGGGUACCAGCGCUUCUGGCUCAGCGGAUGCUUCUUCUACAGGAUCACCCAGUGCCGACUCGUCCAGUGGCGCAACAAGUGCUACCAGUUCCGCUUCGACCUCGACUGCCACUGGUGCUAGUGCCGAUUCGGGCUCUGGCAGUGCUACCUCGAGUGGUACAGGCUCAUCUUGCUCAGGCUCAUCUAGCAGCUCUGCGGACGCCGCGAGCUCUACUGGAUCGGCAGCGUCUUCUACUUCCGCAGGAUCUUCGAGCACCGGUACAGACUCAAGCUCGAGCUCGACAGGCUCUGGCUGUCCUUGCGCAGAUGGAUCGGCAGCGAACUCCACGUCAAGUGCAGACUCCAGCUCAGGUUCAACGGACUCCUCUAGUGCUACUACCGGUGCAAACGCAGGCGCAAGUGCUUCCGCUGGCGCCAGCGCUGACUCUGGAUCCCCUUCAGGCACUACAACUUCGUCAUCUAGUUCUUCAUCCUCUUCUAGCAGCUCCUCAUCUUCCUCCUCUUCCAGUAGCUCUUCUACCUCGAGCGGGACCUCGAAACGAAGCGUUAAAGGUCGCAGGAGCUCGGUCAUGAAGGAAAUGAGCUUUGCUUAAUGUCUGUAUCUAGCAGCGGGAUAAUGUAUCUCGUUAAACAUUCUAUAGGUCGACAUUGUGAAAAGUACAUACUACACUCAAUCAACAAUCGUUUUCUUUCUCUUGCUGUGUACAUACGAUUUGUUGCAAUCAGAAAUGUUUGUAAAUUAGGCAAGUGAUUACUGCCAUUUGCAUAAUUCUGUGAAAAUGAGAAGAUUUUUUUUUCGGUCUUGCUCAAUGUGCUGACUCUUCCACAAAUGUGACGAUGCAACAACUCACGAACGCUUUUGUAUCAUAUAACAUCCACCUUCUAUUGCUUUUUGCAGCU